AUGAUGCUGUCUCCACAGGGGUACGAGGGCUCGCUCAUCAAGCUCACGUCCAAACAGCCCGUGGGGUUUGUCACCUUUGACUGUCGCUCUGGAGCGGAAGCAGCAAAGAAUGCACUGAAUGGAAUCCGCUUUGACCCCGAAAGCCCCCAGACCCUGCGCUUAGAGUUUGCUAAAGCCAACACGAAGAUGGCAAAGAGUAAGCUGAUGGCCACACCGAACCCCACAAAUAUCCACCCCGCUCUAGGAGCUCACUUCAUUGCACGGGACCCAUAUGACCUGACGGGGGCAGCGUUGAUCCCAGCGUCUCCUGAUGCCUGGACCCCGUACCCCCUGUACACCACGGAGCUGACCCCAGGCCUGCCUCAUGCUGCCUUCACAUACCCUGCAGCUGCUGCAGCCGCUGCUGCCCUGCACGCCCAGAUGCGCUGGUACCCCACUCCAUCUGAGACUUCCCAGCCUGGAUGGAAGUCCCGGCAGUUUUGUUAG